AUAAAAGCGCCGCAUUGUUGUAUCUAAUCGUAAAAAGGGAUCGUAAAACUUUCAAGCUUACUAUUUAUGUUCCGUGCUUCUGUCUUGUGGACAUUAUAGUGCGGAUAUCUCAAUUGGACACUCAUCGAUAAUUUCACUCGGAUAAACUAUUCACGAAAAAUGGAGCCGGCAGAAUUUGGUAAUUGUAGUAGUAAAGAGACUUCUGAACCCGGUGGUGGUAGUUGUGGUGGUGGCUGUGGCACGUCGAUGUUUUCAAACAUGGAUGCUCUGUUCGAGGAGAGGAGUCGAUUGAAUGCAGACGAGUUUCCAUUACUCACACAAGUUGUUGAUCGAGAAUUAGAGUUGAUAAGAACUGGACAAGAAGAUGGUCAUUUCAUAGACUUACUGUCCAAGAAACCUACAAGAGUCGCUUUAAAAUUCAAAUUGCCAGUUAAAGAAAACCCACAAGUCAGUUAUGUUGGCAGAAUAGUGGGGCAGUCGGGCAAAACGGUGAAGCACUUGCAUAAGUUGACAGGCUGUAAGAUAUCUGUCUAUGGGGAGGGCUCUAUCAGGGACAAAGCGAAGGAGGAAGAAUUGAGGCAGCAGGGAGGCAAAUAUUCUCACUUGAACUUUGACCUUCAUGUUGUCAUUGAAACUUGGGGACCAACUGUGACAGCCUACCAGAGGAUCACACAUGCCAUGACCCUUCUUUCAGCUCUCAUAUCUCCUAGCUACUUAGAGGGUUCAGAUCCAGUUGGUUUUCUGUCAUUGUACAACCAGUCACUCGGCUACUCUACACCUCAUCAGGCCAUCAUGAGUCCCCCUCCACCCUCUCCUCAGAUGAAAUCUUCCAUGAGGGGGGCAUCUGGUAUGAGAAACAUGGGGAUGCAGAGGGGCUCCAGUAGGCCCCCUCUACCACCUCAAAGACCCUCCCAACAAAUGGCAUCUUCUAUGGCAGCUCCUCGACCUCUGCCUUCUCCAAGGAGAGGAGGUGCAUUCAACAGAGGAAGGGGUAACAUAAGGGGUGGAGCUUCUGUUACAAAUGUUCAAAACAUGCAAGCCUGGCCGACUUACAACGAUCAAUCUUACGGCAACGAUAGUUACAGUAGUAAUAAUUAUGCUGAUGGCGGGAAUGCAGAAAACGGUUAUACCCAGGAAAAUUAUGACAGCAAUAAUUAUUCAGAGGGUAGUUUCAACUAUGGCUCCGACACUGACAAUAGCUACGCUCAAGAAAACCCGCCAUGGAACAAAGGGUACCAACAGGGUCCUGUGAGACGCAGCAAACCUAUUACGAGUGGAUACAGGGCCAAACCUUAUUAACAUUUAUUCUUAAAAACUGUUGCAUUAUUUUGAAGUAAUGGUCUUUAUUAAUAAUGUCAAUGUGUAUAUUUCAUUUUUGUACUUAUUAAUUUUGAUAUUUAAAAGCAUACUUUUUUAUACGAUGUUUACGCUGAUACAAACUAGGCUUUUGGUUUUUCUUAAGGAAUGUGUUGUUGAAUGAUAAUAUGUUGCAGGCAGGUAACAACUGUAAAGAAAUUUGAAUAAAUUGUGUCAUUUCAUUUAUAAGAUCAAAAUUUUCUGUUUGUUUAUAUUUGUUGAUUAUAUAUAUAUAUAUACUUAUAAAUAUAUAUAUAUAUAUAUAUAUAUAUAUAUAUAUAUAUAUAUAUAUAUAUAUUGGAAAUAAAUCAAGUUUGAAAAUUGU